ACUGUAACCGAACACAGUCCACACGUUCUACACACGUGUGCCGCAAAUAAUUCAGCUGUCAAGAAAACCAAAACAAAUGUUUUGCGUGCAGAUUUUCGAGUAAAACGUAAAUAUUUUGUUUCUUAAUAAAUUUUCCAUUUAAAAGUAAAAAAAUGAGUGAUAGCGAAAACGAAAGUAUAAAGGAUCUGCUCGACUGUGUGGAGGAGUAUGAAAAUUUAAUACGAGAGAAACUAAAAGAUGAUGGUAAAGAACCGACUGCCGUGGCAAAAAUAGAAGAUGAUCUGGAGAUACCUAUGGAAAAGGUUAUAUUUGGUAAUCGGGAAGAAUUGUUAAAAAACUUUGCAGUAGCUGUGGGAGAAUACAAAAAGGUAAAAUCUGAAAAAGAGGCGGCAAGUGAUGGUGAGGAUGAUACUGUCACAGAAAGUAGAAAGCGUAAACCUGCUUGGACGGAUACAGAUGACACCGAUAUUAAACUGGGAGAAGUAAAACGCCCUACACGUUUCUCUGGACCACAAGAUCAUAUACGAAAAGAUAAGGCAUAUAAAGAAUACCUAACAACGCGAUAUGUGCGCACAGUACCACAACCCAAAUGGGCAGAGCGAGAUUUCAAAAAUGAAGACGAAGAUGCAGAGGACGAAGCGCUUCUACAAACAGUCGGUUUUGUAGCUAAGCCAGAUACAACCAAUUUAAGACCAACGCAUUUGGAAUAUAAACGUUUGAAAGAUUUAAAUCGCGCUUCAUACGCCGAAGGGUCUGUGACUAGCAUACAAUUUAUACCCAAAAGCACAGCCGCACUUGUUGCAGGUACAACAGGAAUAUCUACGAUUUACAGCAUUGAUGGUGCGAAAAAUGAGAAGCUACAUAGUAUGCAUUUUCAAAAAUUCCCCAUCUUGUGCGCACGCUUAAAACCGUGCGGAACAAAGGCCAUUUUUGGUUCCUCGAAGAGAUAUUAUUAUGUGUAUGAUCUGUUGACAGCGCGUGAAAUGCGUUAUAAACUGCCGAAAGGUGUGACUGCAAUGCGAAAUUUUAGAAUAUCGCCAUGUGGGCGCUAUAUGGCGGUUGCCGGAAUUUUUGGUAAUAUGCAUUUAUUCGAUGCGUGCUCACAAGAACUUAUACACUCGUUCAAACAAAAUGAUGCUGUUUCAUCUAUAUGCUUUACAGCAGAUUCUAAAAACAUCAUAUGUAAUUCAUUGUCUUCUAAGGUGAAUAUUUUCUCUUUAACAAAGCGGAGACUGGCGCACAGUUUUGUUGAUGAUGGUUGCUUGAAUGGCAGUGCAAUGGAUUUAUCAUUAGACCAACGUCUUUUGGCAACUGGUAGCAUGGAGGGUGUGGUUAACGUUUAUGACUUCCAAAAAGUACAAUUAUCUGCCAGUCCAAAACCGGAGAAGGCUUUCCUAAAUUUGCGUACAAGCAUUUCAGAUGUAAAAUUCAAUCAUACUGCCGAAGCUUUAGCUAUGACUUCAGUUAAGGUGCCAGCUGCCUUAAAGAUAGCACAUUUCCCAAGUGCCACAGUUUUCGCAAAUUUCCCAGUAAUGAAGGGCGAUAUUGGAAAAAUCGGUGUUGUAGAAUUUUCUCCCAACAGUGCUUAUUUAGCUUUAGGAAGCAUAAAUAAAACUGUGAAUUUGUUACGACUUAAACACUACAAAUAUUACUAAGACCAUUGUUUUUUAUUUAAAAUUCUGCGAAGAUUAAAUAAAAGUUAUAACGUAUUUUAU